AUGGCAACCCUCGAAGCAGUAAUAUCUCUGCAAAUGUCUCGCGCUGCCUUCAUAGAAGGCAUUUUUAAGGAGUCCAAUGAAGAGGACAUCAAGCAGCUCGCUGAUGAGAAACUGAGAGAAACUCUCAUGAGAGUGUCUCAGAAAAUCGAGAACUUGACCUCACUCGAUUAUUUCAAGCACCAGGUCUUUGAUUCAGCUCUGACGAACUUCGCCGCUGCUAAGGUGGCGCUGUUACAGCUUCUGGAGAAGAAAGGCGCUCCAAACCUGAACCAGUUAGUACGUGUACCUGGGGAAGGACAAUUGACUAGCUCAACUCGUCGUGCUCUGCCUGAGAUUUCUCUGCCAAAAUUCUCAGGCAUUUACCAGGAGUGGAGGCCAUGGAGAGAUCUUUUUCAAUCACUGGUCGGCAACAAUCAAGACAUUCCAGGGGUCGAGAGAAUGCAUUACCUCCGCCUCUGUCUCUCUGGUGAACCUCUCAAGCUCAUCUCCAACUUGCCCGUCUCUGAGGAAUCUUUUCGCAUUGCCUGGAGGACUCUUAUCGAUCGCUAUGAGAAUAAGCGUUUACUCGUUGCAGCUCACCUUGACCAGCUCUUGAAUCCAGCUCCAAUGAAAUCGCACAGCGCCUCGGACCUCAAUCUCUUGACCAGCUCGAUCUCUGAAGCCCUCAGCGCACUCAAGGCUCUGGAUCAGCCAACUGAUUAUUGGGGUCCUGUGGUCGUUCAUGUCCUCACUCGUCGGCUGUCGAACAAGCUCAGGGAAGCUUGGGAGAAUAAAAUCGGCGCCUCCACUGAAUAUCCUUCUCUUGACCAUCUCCUUGAUUUCCUCCAAGGUCGCUCCCGAGCCAUGGAGACUCUGGAAGUUGGAUCGCAGUCCCUCUCUUCAGCAAGCUCAUCUCGUCCUUCUCAACCCACCGUUCAGACUCGAUCCGUGACGAAGAUCAGCGCCAAGGUCAACCAGAUGUCAGCCUCUCGUCCUUCUCAGCAGUCGGCUCAGCAACUUCAUGGCCCUUCUAAAAAAAUACAGUCCACACAAUCGACAUCUUGGGCUGACGCUGGCUAUCCGUGCUCGUACUGCAAGAGGGACCAUUACAUCGCCUCUUGCAGCGAAUUUAAAGCUCUUUCGCCCAUCGCAAGGAAGGAAGUCGUCGACAGACUCUACCUGUGCUACAACUGCUUGGGGAAGCACAGCAUUCGAGUUUGCCAGACAUCUCGCACGUGCAGAACUUGCCAGGAGAAACAUCACACUCUUCUGCAUCUAGAUCGCUCUCGUCGCCCUGCUCCGACUCGACCUACUCCUCAGAACUGCUCAGCUCAGCCUCACCCUCAGCAAUCCGCCAGACCUGCUCAGUCAUCUGGGGUACCCUCAGUGAGUUAUAAUAGUGCUGGGGAGGUCAUCCAAAGCUCAGAACUAUCGCUCAUCUCGGAAUCUCUCGUGCGUCAAUUGAAGCUGAAGAAGCAGCGUAGCUCCAUCCACAUUUCUGGUGUGGGUAAGUCGUCGUUUGGGACAACGUCCGGCGAAGUUCAUCUCACGCUACAAUCGAUCUACUCAGCAGAACGUAUCGAAGUUAUCGCUCAUUCUCUUGAUCAUCUCACGGCAUCUCUACCGACCUUCUCAGCAGAGGAUCUCGAGUGGGAUCAUCUCAAUGAUCUCAAUUUAGCAGAUCCGAAUUUUCGAAUCCCUGCUCCAAAUGAUCUGCUCAUCGGAGCUGAUGUAUUUGGUCGAAUCAUCAAGCCCAGCAUCAUCAAACAGGGAGCAGAUGCUCCAGUUGCUCAGCUCACAUCUUUCGGCUGGAUUGUAUUCGGUCCUACAGGCACAGCGCUAGCUCCAACACGACUUGCUCAUCAUUUGGCUGUCUCAGAGGUCUCCAAUGAUCAGCUCGAAGACCUUCUCUCUAAAUUCUGGAUCCAGGAGGAAGUUCCUGGACGAGUUGACUCAGAUCUCUCGGCUGACGAGCUUAGCUGUGAGCAGCAUUUUCGUCAGACUCACUCUAGAGACAGCACAGGUCGUUAUGUCGUCCGAUUGCCCUUCUCAUCUCCAGUUUCGUUGUUAGGAAAUUCUUAUCGCCCAGCUCUAGCUUGUCUCCAUCGGAUGAUCGCUAGGAUUUCCAAAGAUCAGCGGUUCUUCCAGCUCUACUCUGACUUUCUCAAAGAAUAUGUCGAUCUCGAUCACAUGAG